AUGUUGCCGUCCCCAGUCCUCGUCCUGGGCCUCCUCGGCCUGCUCUCACCCUUUGCCGCAGCAGCGCUCACCGCUCCCAGCGACGUCGCAGCCCUCGCCUCCGUCAAGGCAGCGUUGGCAGCCUCCUCCAUCCCGCCCCGCUCCUGCCUCGCUACCUGGGACUUCUCCGCCGCCGACCCCUGCGCCACCCCGCGCAGGACUCACUUUGUCUGCGGCGUCUCGUGCGGUGCCACCGAUGCCGGCGGCGCCACCAGGGUCACCGCCGUGGUCCUCGAGGACGCCGGCUACGAGGGCUCCCUCUCCCCCGCCGUCGGGAAACUCUCCUUCCUCUCCCACCUCGAUCUCUCGGGGAACAGCUUCAAGGGUCCCCUCCCUUCUUCUCUCCGCCAUCUGCUCCGCCUGCGCACCCUCUCCCUUUCCUUCAACGCUUUCUCGGGGACGAUACCAUCUUCCCUCGGGGAUCUCCGAGCUAUGGAGUUGCUCGAUCUCUCGCACAACCAGCUGACCGGCCGGGUUCCCGCGGAGCUCGCCAGGAUCGGCGCGCUGAGAAGCCUCGACCUCAGCUACAAUAAGCUGUCAGGGAGGCUGCCUGCGGCGCUGCCGCCGAGCUUGGUGGCGCUGGCGCUGCGAGGGAAUGCGCUCUCGGGGCCCAUCUCGCGGGCGACCUUCGCCGGCCUGCACCGCCUGGAGGUGGCGGAGAUGGCGGCGAACCGGAUCAGCGGCCUGGUGGAGGGCUGGUUUCUCCGGCUGCCUGCGCUCCAGCAGGUGAACCUGGCGAACAACAGCCUCUCGGGGUUCGCGGUGGGAGAGGCGGCGCCGCCACCGCCGCAGCUGGUGGCGCUGGAUCUCGGGUACAACCGGAUAGAGGGGGAGCUGCCGGCGGAGCUGGCGGGCUUCCCGGUGCUGACGUCGCUGACUCUGCGGCACAACCGGAUCAAGGGGGCGAUCCCCUCGCAGUACGCCGGCGGCAAGACGGGGAGUCCUCUCCGCCGGCUCUUCCUCGAUGGGAACUUCCUCAAUGGUAAGGUGCCGCAGGGAUUCCUCGGCGGCGUCGCCGUCAUCGGCCGCCUCGGGGACAACUGCCUUGAAGGGUGCCCCGACGGGGAGGAUCUCUGUCAGCCACUGCAAAAGCCCCCCGAGGUCUGCGAUGAGAUGUACGGCGCGGUGAGGCCCGGCUUGUGA